UACUCUUUAUCCCUUAGAUCCUGAUCGGCCGGAUCGGUAAAGCAUGGAAACGAUGUCAUUCACGGUGCCGCUAGCCGCCGUUCUUCUUCUCCUCCUCUUCGGCCCUACUUCCGGCGAGAUUAAGAACCUGAAGAUCGAAUCCGACACUCGGCCGAUGAUUCUCUUCGAGAAAUUCGGUUUCACACACACCGGUCAGGUCACCGUCGCCGUAUCAAAAGUCUCCGUCAUCUCCUCAAUUGCCAGUCCAGAUCCAAACCGUCUCGGCUUCUUCCUUCUAUCUGAAGAAUCAUUAAUCCAAGUUAUCAUGGAAAUGCAGUCAGAUCUCAACCUCUGCGUUCUCGAUGCGAGGUAUAUUAACCUACUUUUCACCUUCUCCGAUCUGUCUCCUCCUCCAAGUGCUUCAUUCAACAGUUCGUAUCCAAUCACCUGGCCUAACGAAUACAGUCUAUUCUUCGCCAAUUGCGGACCUGAAAGUCGAGUAACCAUGGAUGUCUAUACAGAGAUCUAUAAUCUAGACGCAGGCGGAGAGAAGGAUUACCUUUCCGCAGGCAUUACACAGCUUCCAAGUCUAUUUUUCGUUUUCAGUCUCAUAUAUUCAACUUUCCUUAUUAUCUGGAUCUAUGUCUGUUUUGGUAAUAAGAUAACCGUUCAGCGAAUCCAUAUUCUAAUGGCAGUUCUACUUCUGAUGAAGGCGUUAAACCUAAUCUGCGCAGCUGAGGAUAAACAUUACGUGAAAGUUACAGGUACUCCUCACGGAUGGGAUGUUCUGUUUUACAUAUUCCAGUUUAUCAGAGUGGUGUUAUUGUUCACUGUAAUUGUUUUAAUCGGAACUGGAUGGUCGUUCUUAAAGCCUUUCUUACAAGAAAAGGAGAAGAAGAUCUUGAUGAUUGUGAUUCCUCUUCAAGUUCUAGCUAAUGUAGCUUCAAUUGUGAUUGGAGAAACAGGACCAUUUAUCAAAGAUUGGGUGACAUGGAAUCAAGUGUUUCUACUUGUCGAUAUAAUCUGUUGCUGCGCUAUAAUCUUCCCCAUUGUUUGGUCGAUUAGAUCAUUGAGGGAGACUUCGAAAACUGAUGGAAAAGCUGCUAGAAACUUGGCGAAACUAACAUUGUUCAGGCAAUUCUACAUGGUCUUAAUUGGAUAUCUUUAUUUUACGAGAAUAGUUGUGUUUGCUUUGAAGACAAUCGCGGCUUAUAAGUAUCAAUGGGUGAGCAGUGCGGCCGAGGAGAUUGCUAGCUUUGCGUUUUACGUGGUAAUGUUUUAUAUGUUCAUGCCGGUUGAGAAAAACGAGUAUUUUGUGAUCAAUGAAGAGGAUGAAGAGGCUGCUGAAAUUGCUCUUAGGGAGGAAGAAUUUGAGCUUUAAUUAAUAUUUACUGAACAAAUGUGUUCAUAUGAUAUGAUAUCAUACACCAUUACCCAUAUUAAAAAAAUUCUCCUUCAUCUUGUUUGGUGGAUCUGUGGCGCCAAAAAAGUAGAUGGUUUAAGAAUACAGAAGAGACCUUCUUAAGCAUCAUGACCAAAGGCGAUGAACGUCUUGGACCAAGUCUCCUAGUUCUCCUCCUCCUUCUAUUCCUUCUCAAACCGAAUUUCUUAAGCUUUUUUCCGGCAUGACGAAAGGAUUUCUUGAUCCGAACUGGGAGAGUUUCUUUCUUGCUGAAAGUGUAGCUUUUCAGGAAAUAUUGCCGGCUAGAGAUGCCAUUAUCUUCUGUAAAAGGCGAUUGUGGUUCCCCGACUUUGAACACUACCGAGUUCAUUAUGAUAUUGAUCUAUCGAAUCAAAUCGAAUAGAUGAUGAUCAUGAAAUGAGGAGAAAGAGGAGAUGGUAUCCCAUCAUGAUGAAUGAUGAUUCCGUUUGAAUUGAUCAAUUUCGAAUUGGGAUCAUAGGGAUAACUGUUUGCUUUGGUGGAGCUUAAAUAUGUUUUUUAUUUGUUUUCUAUUUUUAAUUAUGUCUAAAACAAUCCUCUUUUUGUUUUUGUUUUUGUUGUUCAUUGGAAGAUAAGAUUAACUAUAUUUAGAGUUGCAUUUGAAACAUCUUAUUAGAUAGAUAGUACUAAAUUUAGGGAA